UGCUGAUGCGAGUGAAGCGCAACCGUCUUUCAGUCUCAGCCUUCCUUCCCUUGGCGAUGCUCUUCUUUUUCUCGUUCAUCUAACCCCCUGCUAUGAGCGCGCAGAGAGACGGACCGAUGGGAAGAGAAUCUACGCGUCCCUCGCCUUUCUUCCUUUACUGUUCAUCUCCCGCCUAUGGUCGCCCACGUUUGGGGCUAGUGUUGGACUAGUCUCAACUUCGGUGAAGACAGCUCUCUGCUUGACAGUCAAGUAGCCUGCUUUCUCACAUUUGCCGAUGCUGACUCUGAAUUAAGCUUCUGAUCACAUUCGGAUUUUCAUCCACCCCUUUAUUGGUUGAGACGCUGCACGAGGAGAAAGACGAAACGAGGAAAUAUAGUGGAGAGUGACAGAGGUAGAAAAAGAAGGCAUAGAUGACAAAAUGUACUUCCAAGAGUAAUGGUCGGCAAACCACUGUGGAUGCCCUGAGAAGAUCGCCUCCGAGCAGGAACAAGCAAUUGCGCUAAUAGCAUCUCCAGCUGUAACACCGUCAAAAAUAGCUGCCAAAUUGCAGCUUGGAUAUAGGCUCGCACCGAAGGGCCCCUCCCACGACGACUCGAUCACUCCAAAUCCCGCUAUGUACUCCUUCCUGCCUUCCUGAUCCGCUUGCUGCGAGUUAAGAUCCCAUCGGCGGCACUCCGCUGCUCUGCUGCAAAGGGCUGGGCUGGUGUAAAAGUGAGAUCUAUUGCCAGUUCUACCAACAUGAUAACAACUACUCGUCACGUCUGGCCCACCUUGGGUUUCAGGUGCCUAGUUCUCGUUGCUACAUUAAUCUUCCACAUCCAACUAUCAAAUGCAAGUGAAACUGAAAUGCCACCUGAUAAGUCUGCUGUCAAUGGUACCUGCUCAGGAAGUAAUGGAUGUGCCGAGGGUGUGGUUCUUCCUGUCUGGAACCCUCAAGAUCCCUCAGUUGGAGACAAAGUUGCCAGAGCAAUUGUAUACUUUGUAGCCCUGAUUUAUAUGUUUCUAGGAAUGUCCAUCAUUGCAGAUCGCUUCAUGUCAUCCAUAGAGGUAAUCACUUCCCAGGAGAAGGAGAUCACUAUUAAAAAGCCAAAUGGUGAAACUACAACAACAACGGUUAGAAUCUGGAAUGAGACUGUGUCCAAUCUGACCCUCAUGGCACUGGGAUCAUCUGCUCCAGAGAUCUUACUUUCUGUGAUUGAGGUAUGCGGACAUCAGUUUCAGGCAGGGGAUAUGGGCCCUAGCACCAUUGUUGGUAGUGCGGCUUUCAACAUGUUUGUGAUUAUCGCCCUUUGCGUCUAUGUAGUCCCGGAUGGGGAAACAAGGAAGAUCAAGCACUUGAGGGUCUUUUUUGUCACAGCAGCUUGGAGCAUCUUUGCCUAUAUUUGGCUCUACCUUAUUCUGUCUGUGUUCUCCCCUGGAGUUGUGGACGUGUGGGAGGCAGUCCUAACUUUCAUGUUUUUUCCGCUUUGUGUCAUCCAAGCCUGGAUUGCUGACCGUAGGCUGCUUUUCUAUAAAUAUGUCCACAAAAGGUAUAGGGCUGAUAAGCACAGAGGUAUAAUAAUUGAGACUGAAGGGGAUGGUCCUUUUACCAAAAUGGAUAUUGAAAUGGAUGGCCAAGUAGUCAAUUCACAUAAGGAAGUCCUAGAUGGAAUGCUAAGCCUGGCAGAUGAUAACAAUAAGGAUCAAGAGGAAGAGGCUCGUAGGGAUAUGGCCAGAACAUUAAAAGAGCUCAAGCAGAAACAUCCAGACAAAGACAUGGAACAACUGAUUGAAAUGGCCAAUUAUCACGUUCUUGUCCAGCAGCAGAAAAGCCGAGCUUUUUAUAGGAUUCAAGCUACCCGAAUGAUGAUUGGUGCUGGGAAUAUCCUGAAGAAGCAUGCUGCAGACCAAGCUCGGAAGGUGAUCAGCUGCCAUGAAGCUCGCUCAGAGGAGGAUGACCAAACCAUCAAAAUCUUAUUUGAGCCGUCUCACUACCAAUGCUUCGAGAACUGUGGCUCUCUGGUGCUUACAGUGGUGAGAAGAGGUGGAGAUUCCAACUGCACUGUGAAAGUUGAUUUUAAAACUGAAGAUGGCACAGCCAAUGCUGGCUCUGAUUAUGAAUUUGCAGAGGGCACGCUUGUCUUUAAAGCUGGUGAGACCCACAAAGAAGUAACAGUAGGCAUCAUAGAUGAUGACAUAUUUGAAGAAGAUGAAUAUUUUUAUGUCAACCUGAGUAAUGUCAGGGUUACUUAUGCAGAAGGAGGAUUGGAAUCCAGUGAUUCCCCUCCAAAAGCCAGCCUUGGCACUGACCACACUGCCACGGUGACCAUAUUUGAUGAUGAUCAUGCAGGAAUAUUCACAUUUGAAAGUAACAGCACUCGUGUGAGCGAAAGUAUUGGGAUUAUGCAGGUGAAAGUCCAGCGGACCUCUGGAGCUCGAGGGACUGUUAUUGUACCAUACAAGACAAUUGAAGGUACAGCCAAAGCCGGUGAAGACUAUGAAGAGGUAGCUGGAAAGCUGGAGUUCCAGAAUGAUGAAACAAUGAAAAUCAUCGAGGUGAAGAUCAUUGAUGAUGAGGAGUAUGAAAAGAACAAAACGUUUACAAUUGAACUGGGAGAGCCUGUGCUAGUGGACAUUGGCCAGAAGCAUGGUGAUUCUAAUGAGAAUAAGCCAGUAACUACAGAGGGGGAGAAUGAGCAGGUUGCAAAAAUGGGCUGUCCGAGUCUUGGGGAGCACACCCGAAUGGAGGUUGUCAUUGAGGACUCCUAUGAAUUUAAGAGUACCGUUGACAAGCUGAUCAAGAAAACUAAUCUUGCUCUUGUGGUGGGCAGUAGUAGCUGGAGAGAGCAGUUUGUGAGUGCUGUCACAGUCAGUGCAGGUGAUGAUGAUGAAGAAGAGAGUGGAGAAGAAAGGCUUCCGUCCUGCUUUGACUACAUUAUGCACUUCUUGACAGUGUUCUGGAAAGUUCUAUUUGCCUUUGUGCCACCCACUGAGUACUGGAAUGGCUGGGCCUGUUUCAUUGUGUCCAUUACCUUGAUUGGCAUUUUAACAGCAGUCACUGGAGACCUGGCCUCCCACUUUGGCUGCACGGUGGGUCUCAAGGAUUCUGUUACUGCUGUGGUUUUUGUGGCUCUCGGCACCUCUGUCCCAGAUACUUUCGCCAGCAAAGUCGCUGCUAUCCAAGACCAGUAUGCAGAUGCUUCUAUUGGAAAUGUAACAGGUAGCAAUGCUGUCAAUGUUUUCCUGGGGAUUGGAGUAGCCUGGACAAUAGCAGCAGUAUAUUGGAAAAGCAAAGGUGCUGUUUUCAAUGUGAACCCUGGAAACCUGGCAUUCUCUGUCACUCUGUUUACCAUCUUCGCCUUUAUUAAUGUGGCUGUUCUCAUCUACCGACGGAGGCCAUCCAUUGGGGGGGAGUUAGGGGGACCUCGGACUGCAAAAAUCCUCACCACUCUACUUUUUGUCUUUCUCUGGCUUAUGUACAUCCUUCUGGCUUCCCUUGAGGCAUAUUGCCACAUACAAGGAUUCUGAUUGCCUCUUCCUCUUUCCCUCAAUCUCCCUAAUGUGUGUCUGAACAUUAAUUAGCCAUUUACACAUGAGUAGGUCAUGUACAAAGUCCACAGCCACCAGUGGACUGUUCUUCACCUUGCUAACCCUAUGUUAGCUAAGGACUGUCCAUGGACAAUCACACACUCUCAUACUAAUGGUGGUUAAUUUCUGGACUGUUCCAAGAAUCUCCAGCUAAUUACUGUUUUGAUGUAAAUAUAAUUAUGUCAUUACGUCAACUCAGCAGUGAAUCCUGUGGUGGACUAAUUAUGAUGGCAUGGAUCAAACACUUAAGCAGAGGAAGAUGCUGACGGAGUUAUUCUGUUUGUCUGUGAAAAUCGUGGAUAAUAAGAAUAGUUUUCUCCCAUUUUCCUACAGACAUGUAUCAAAUUUAAUUCUAUGAAUAUACAGUAUAUAUUUCUUUUUAAUAUUACAUUUUCUUUCCUCAUCUUGGCCAAAAAAGAAAAAGAAACAUGGGUCUCAGUGUUCAACUGUACGGUGAAGAUCUGCAGACAGAAGCUGUGUUCAUAUAUGAUUUGCUCUUCUCCAGUUGGUUCAGCUGAAAAAGUCAGAAGGUCUGCUGCAUUCAUUCACCUACAAUAAAGUCUGUCAUUCCAGUCCCAAGGUAGUUUCCAGCACAUUUGUAACUUCCGUCAGCACAGACUUCCUUGUUCUCCACGUUUUAUUUAUUUUUCUUUUUUUUGUUUUUGGAAAUUUAGUAGUAAGAUAGUUGCUGCAUUGACCCUUUUCAGUACUAAAUGUAUGUCAGCAUUUAGUCAAAAAUACAAGUAUUUAAAAUGCUAGCAUUUAUUACCUCUCUUCCAUGUAUUAUAUUUCUUUCUGUUUUCAAAGUUUCUAAA